AAUAUUGUCAUACCGAUGAUAAUAUUAACAACGGUGACUUCACUAAUACUUGUUGCCGAUUUCACGUCACAAAAUAUGCAACGAAUAUCGACAAAUCCCAAAAACCAACGAAUAUCGUCACAUCGAUGAUAACAUCAACAAUGGUGACUUCACCAAAACCUG